CGACAGCAUGGAAGAAACCGGGGAGAAUAUUUCGAAAAAGUAGGAUUUCUUUUUAUCAAUAAUAUUUUUUAUUUUAUUUUAUAAACUGAUCAUUUUAAGUUUUUGAGAGUUAUGGGUAAAACGGAUGCUUUUCACUAGCACCAACAAUAAAUUCCCUGACAUCUCAACUUUGGCUCUCCAUAUCUUUACCAAAAUAACCAUUUCCUUUUGAUUAGUGGAACUUUAGAUUUGUAAUUAUUAGCGGCCCUUAUUAUGUCUUUAAUCAGUAAGGGUUGGCUUCUAGUUAAUACUUUUAGGCUAAAUAAUGUGUCACUUCGUAAUUUGACAACAAGCAAUCUUUUGCGAGGUGAGUUGAAAAGGCGAUUGAAAGCUGAACAGAAGGCCAAAGAGAAAGCGGAGAAAGAGAAGAACCAACCAAAGCUGCAACAGAAGCAGUCUGAACAAAAAAAGAAAGAAGAGGAAGUCAGCCCUAAUGAAUACUUCAAACUGAGAUCAGCAAUAGUACAGGAAUUGAAAGACAAAAAUUUAAAUCCCUACCCACACAAGUUCCAUGUCUCCACCUCUUUAGAGGAUUUUAUUAGCGAUUACUCUGAUUUAAAAGAUGGUGAAGUAUUAACCCAAAGAGAAGUUAGCGUUGCAGGUCGAGUACAUGCUAUCAGGGAAUCUGGUGCUAAAUUAAUUUUUUAUGAUCUUCGAGGUGAGGGCCUCAAGCUGCAAGUGAUGGCAAAUGCAAAUACUUACUCCUCAGAGGAACAGUUUUUUGUCGAUACCGACAAAAUUCGACGAGGUGAUAUAAUAGGGUGUGUGGGAAACCCAGGGAAAACAAAAAAAGGAGAGCUUUCACUAAUGCCCAAAACAUUAACGUUGUUAUCCCCGUGCUUACACAUGCUUCCCCAUUUACAUUUUGGUCUUAAAGACAAGGAAACUAGAUUUCGUCAAAGGUAUUUAGAUCUUAUUCUGAACGAUAAAGUUCGACAAAAGUUUAUUGUUCGAUCAAAGAUCAUAUCAUACAUUCGCAAGUUUUUCGAUUCUAUGGGCUUUUUGGAGGUAGAAACUCCAAUGAUGAACAUGAUUGCUGGAGGGGCAACUGCAAAACCAUUUAUUACACAUCACAAUGAGUUAAACAUGGAUUUAUUUAUGAGGAUUGCACCCGAGUUGUACCAUAAGAUGCUAGUUGUCGGAGGUAUCGAUAGGGUGUAUGAAAUAGGACGACAAUUCAGGAAUGAAGGCAUUGAUUUAACUCAUAAUCCAGAAUUCACAACUUGUGAAUUUUAUAUGGCUUAUGCUGACUAUAAUGAUGUAAUGAAAAUCACUGAAGACCUUAUAUCAGGUAUGGUUAAAAGCAUUCAUGGCUCGUAUAAAAUUCAAUAUCAUCCGGAUGGAGAUGAAGGAGAAAGCUAUGAAAUUGAUUUCACUCCUCCGUUCAGAAAGCUCUGUAUGUUCCCCGCUCUAGAAGAAGAGUUAAAGGUUAAACUACCUGCCCCUGACAAGCUUUCAACGCCUGAAGCUGUGGAGUCUUUAAAGAAACUCUGUAUUCAAUUUGGUGUUGAAUGUCCUCCUCCUCAAACUGCUGCCAGGCUUCUUGACAAGUUGGUCGGUGAAUACCUGGAGGAAAAAUGCAUUCAUCCAACAUUUAUUUUGGAACAUCCACAAAUCAUGUCCCCUUUGGCCAAAUGGCAUCGUAACACACCAGGCCUUACUGAAAGGUUCGAGUUGUUUGUUAUGAAGAAAGAAAUCUGCAAUGCUUAUACGGAACUUAACGAUCCUCAAGUUCAGAGAGAUCGAUUUAACCAACAAGCUAAAGAUAAAGCAGCUGGAGAUGAUGAGGCACAGGCUGUUGACGAAAAUUUCUGUACUGCCCUCGAGUAUGGCCUCCCUCCAACUGGUGGUUGGGGCCUGGGAAUCGAUAGACUUACAAUGUUCCUUACAGACUCAAAUAACAUCAAGGAAGUAUUAUUCUUCCCUGCGAUGAAACCAGAUGAUCCAAAUAAAACCAAGGAGGAAACCAAGCUACAAGAAGAGUCAUAAAGUUUUUCUCAUUCAUCUCAUUUUUGGUUAUCUUAAUGUACAUUUUGUACUUUUCUUUACUUAAAAAAAAGAGGAUAAAGUGCACUAAUUUUUGUUUGUCUAACCCUGCGAAACUAUUCACUCUGACCAUUGAUGCGAAAACUGAAAACUCCAACAAAAGGUGAUGCUUUAUGUUUGGUUGAGUACUUUUUUAAACUUUUCAAACCACUUUUUGGCAGUGAGCUUCUUGUCAUCUUCAGCAGUGGGUCAGUACCUAAAUUAGCUUUGCCACAAUAAACAUUCAAAAUUA